GGAGCAAUGCAUCAUCAAAACUUGCCGUACCGUAGCUGACCUGUAGCGGGAGGCGGGCGGUGAGGGGCGAGACAGGUUAAUGGCUCGCCGCCUGUUAUUACCACACACACCUUUGCCGGUAAAGAUGCCGGAGAGGCACGCCAGGAAAGGCCACGAGCCACCAGGUAAGGACGGCGUGUGGGCGGGGAGAGAGGGAGAGAGGGAAGGGAGGGAAGGGGAGAAACAGGUGGGCGGUGACAGUGACUUCAUCUCCCCCUGAACCUCCCCAUCCCUCACCCUCAGCCAGUGUGCUCCGAGGCACGGUGGUGGGCAGGUGUGUGUGUUGCGCUCCGUAAGCCGCGGUGCCGUGAGGCGGGCUGGUGUGCAGUGUUAAAAGUGCAGGUUCCCGGAAAACUUUUGUGAUGAUACGACUUGAGGUGCUUCCAGUGGGUCACGAACUGCGUGUAGCCCCUGUCCGGGACCCGUUAGGCAGCGAUCUCGCGGCUGUGGCUCAAAUCUGAGGAAGGUUUGUUGAAUUUUAGAUCGUCAACGCAACCAACGGGCGGGUGGCUAAUGGGCCCGAUAGCGAGCGACAGACGUGGUUCGGAAAGGCAGUCUUGAUUUUAACCUUUUUACCCCCAUGUCAUUCACGGCGGCUCAAGUCAGCUUAUGAAGAGUAUUGGUACCAUAAUGAUAACAUGCGCAAGAUUGUGGAAGGAACUGAUGCCUCUAGAGUAAAGAAUUUCUUGGUUUUGGCAUGUACCAUACACUUGUAGCGACCCCUUCAUUGCUUGAGAAUAUAACAGAAUAGCGACAUUAGUUUGGAGCGACUCAGGAAGAAAAAUGGGAACACAGAAAGAAAACGACUAAUGCUGCUGAAGAUGGAAAAAUAUAAGAAAAACCUACUAACAAAAAAAUACCACUGAAGAUUAUCAAUUAACACAACUGCAACAGAAUCAAAUUGAUAAAUCAAAUUAGACUUGCGAAGCUGAUGCACACUCUCGUGUUUGUAUGAGCCCUACGGAACGCUUGCCUUUCACACAGGAGAGGGUAUACCCCAGCCCUGCGUAAUUGUGUGUAUUGUUGUGUGUGUGUGUGUGUGUGUGCGCGUGUGUUGCCGGGCAGCGGGGCAGUGAGAGCAACAGGAGCAUCGUGACACACACGCACGCCUACAGUGAAAGUGAAGAGCUGGGCCUUGCACCAUACACCAUUUGAGUCUUCCUGAGGGACGGGCCUUGGAACCCCACUAAGAGCCCACCACAGCCCACCACACACUACAGGACUCCGCCACAGUCCACCACAGCGUAACCACAGCCCUAAGAGGCUCACCACUCACCUUGCAGGCCCAUCACAGCUUAGUGGAAUCCCAAACAGCCCACCACGACUGCUACAAGUCCACAGCUGCCCACCAUAGCCCACUACAACCCACUUUGAUCUUUAUAAGCCCACUACAACACCACAGCCCGUACCACACCUUACUAACAUCACAGCUGCUGCCACAACGCACCACAACCCCAUAAACCCAUCAAGAGCUGACUAUACCACCCAAGGAAACCCACCACAGCCCACCACAACAGUGAAGGAAGCCCAUCACACCCCCUUCAGAAAACCCACCCACACCCACAACUCCAGUCUUUGAGAGCCCAUUGCCGCCACAAAUUCGCAAAGGGGGACUCUCGAAAGGCCACCGCAGCACACCAGCAUUUUUCAGGGACCACCGCAGCCCACCACAACCCAAAGCAGCUUUUGGGCAACGGGAGCGGACUUUACGUUCACUGCCGCCUCCACAGCUCCACCACUGCCCCUGAAAGCACCUGAAGUCGUACCUGGAAACCCACCACCACAGCCCACCACCGGCCCUGGGAGCCCACCACCGUCGCCGCCGCCCACCACUGCCCACCGUUGCUCAAUACACCUGCUCACCACUGCCAGCACCACGCCUUCACCACCACACCACCUCCUCUACCACUAGCCCUCCACCACCAUCACAGACCUAACCAGCCCACCACCGCUACUGCUACCGACCACCCCCACCAGUACCUCCUCCCCCACCACCAUCACACACCUAGUUAACCCGUCACCCCCACCACCACCACCUCUACUCCCCAACUGCAUCUCCCCAUGUCUCUGAGUCAUGGCGAAGUCCAUUCCCCACUCUCCCCGCCCCCCUACCCGCCGCCCCCACCAUCGCCGUGUCUCCUUUGCUCCCUCCCUGACUCCCCAAUCUCGCCCCCCCCUUCUCUCCACGACCACAUUGCCCCACCCUCCUGCCCAGCAUGCCCAUUCCCAAUAUCCUCCCGCUCCCCUCCCUUCGAUGCAAUCGUCCCUCCCUCCCCCUGCCUCGUCUGCUCCAUCCCCAUGUCAGCUCUGCCCCCCUUCUCGCCACCCCCACCCCCACCACCAUCACCACCUCUCUCAGUCUCCCCAACGUGUCCCCUAUGUCCAGGCCCUGUGUCAGAUGUGCCUGCCCGCCCCUCUCGCCCCCCCCUCCCCGUGCCCCCUCUGCUCCCUACCCGUGCCACUACAAUCCCGGCCCCCCCGCAUCCCGUCCCCUUGCCCCCUGUGCUCUGUGCCCCCCUCCCACCACCACCACAACCCACAGCGCCCGUCAUCCCCGUGUGGGCUUUACAGCAUCGUCGCCGUGCCAUCUCUGCAUCCCCAUCGCCCCCCGUCCCCAUGCCCCCUCUGCCCCAUGUCAUCUCUGUUCGCCCCCCACCACCACUCCCACCACCACUACUCCCAGCGGCCCCCAUCCCCUCAGUACUCCCUCUACCCCUCCCUGUCGUCUCUGUCCCCUCACCACCACCGCCGCCACCACGCACACCUCGCAUAUCCCCCACCACCCACGCCCCCCAUCCCCACCAUGCCCCAUCUGCCCAUACCCAAUGCCCCGCUCCUCCUCCCCACCUCCCCCCUACAAUCUCGACCCCAUGCCACCUUUGCCCCCCUCCCCUCCCACUGCACCCACCUCCCCCACCACCCCCACCCUAUAUCUCGUCCCCCUGCCCCGUCUGCUCUGCGCCACCCCUGCCCGCAUUGCCCCCACCCCCAGUCUUCCGCUCCCAGCCUCCCUGCCCCGUCUGUGCCCCAGUUCAGCCCCCCGCGGCCCCCCAGAUCCCCCCCACCGUGCUUCCGAUGCUUCGCCUGCCUACCCUGUACCUGUCUGAAGAAGAAGAAGAAGGGGAGGAGGAAGGAGGAGGGGGAGGAGGCCAUGGAAGGAAGAGAUAAUUUUCCCGUGUGGCGGAGGUUUCAUUCUACCACCCCCACCACCCCCACCACACCCCGUACCCCAGCCACGCCACGCACCCCAACCACACCCCGGACCCCCACCACUCCUAUCUUCCCGUCCCUCCCCCGCCGUCCGCCUCUCCUCCACCACCCCAGUCUCCCCCAUCCACCGAAGGCCCUCCAGUUCCACCCUCACCCCCACGUCUUCCAUACGCCGCCGCCACUCCACCGCCACCCCCACCUCCAUGACCUCACCCCUCACCUCCCCCUCCUCCCUCACUUUUCUUUAGCGCAUGGGGGGAUGGGAGAGGAACAGAGGGGUGAGGGAUGGGUGGGGAAGAGAGAAGGAGGGAAAAUUAUUAAGGGUGCUUGUCUUGUGCCUUCUCCCCUCCCUCCCCCGAUCCUCUCUCACCCCCCAACACCCUUCCCCACCUUCAUCCCCUCCCACACCCACUUCUCAGCUUUCCUCCCUCCUGCCUCCUUCCUCCUCCUCCUCCUCCUCCUCCUCCUCCUCGUCGUCGUCGUCCGUCGCAACACCAUUAAAAUCUCAGGUGUCAGUAUCGCCAUCGGCAGGUGCGAACAAGGUGUGUGUGGUAGUGUGUGUGUGUGUGUGUGUGUGAGAGAGAGAGAGAGAGAGAGAGAGAGAGAGAGAGAGAGAGAGAGAGAGAGAGAGA